ACUGCCAUGUGAUCCUGGGGCUGCUGGGACGCUCCGGAACAACUGGGACCAGCGGGAGUCGCGGGCGUCCCUGGGCGGGGGCGACAUGGAGCGGAGGUGGGUCUUCGUGCUGCUGGACGUGCUGUGCGUGUUGGUCGCCUCUCUACCCUUCGUCAUCCUGACUCUGGUGAACACACCAUACAAACGAGGGUUCUACUGCGGAGAUGACUCCAUCCGGUACCCCUACCGUCCAGACACGAUCACCCAUGGACUUAUGGCCGGGGUCAUCAUCACAGCCACUGUCAUCCUUGUCUCAUCGGGGGAGGCCUACUUGGUGUACACAGACCGUCUCUAUUCACGUUCCGACUUCAACAACUACUUGGCCGCCAUCUACAAGGUGCUGGGGACCUUCCUGUUCGGGGCCGCUGUGAGCCAGUCUCUGACCGACCUGGCCAAGUACAUGAUUGGCCGGCUGAGACCCAGCUUCUUGGCUGUCUGUGACCCUGACUGGAGCCGGGUCAACUGCUCUGGCUACGUGCAGCUGGAGGUGUGCAGGGGCAGCCCUGCCAAUGUCACUGAGGCCAGGCUGUCCUUUUACUCCGGGCACUCCUCCUUCGGCAUGUAUUGCAUGUUGUUCCUGGCGCUCUAUGUGCAGGCCCGGCUCUGCUGGAAGUGGGCACGGCUGCUGAGGCCCACGGUUCAGUUCUUCUUGGUGGCCUUUGCAAUCUAUGUGGGCUACACCCGUGUGUCCGACCACAAGCACCACUGGAGUGAUGUCCUCGUCGGCCUCCUGCAGGGAGCCCUGGUAGCGUGCCUCACGGUCCGCUAUGUCUCAGACUUCUUCAAAUCCCGGCCGCCCCAGCCCUGCCAGGAGGACCAGGAACCGGAGCGCAAGCCCAGUCUGUCCCUGACGCUGACCCUCGGUGAGGACCUUAGCCACUAUGAGUACCCAGUCUCUUCCCAGAAGCCACAUGUGGGCCAGUCACGUGUUGUCCCCUUGGCCCUGGUCAGGCACAACUGAUUUUGGAGCUGCCCCAGGGUCCCUGCUGGUGACCAUUGAUCAAGGUCUUGGUACCUGACUGGCCCCGAGUGUGGCAGGAUCCAUCCUCAUUGCUUCUUGAAUACCCCAGGAAGAUAAGAUGAGGUCCUGCUCCGAGGGCUGUCUCCCACUACAAAGGGCUUUUCGAGGAGAGCCAUCCCUGCGUGGCCCUAGGAAUGGGCCGGUCUGCGAUGGUAUAUGAAGUCGGCACCCUCCCUGUGGGUCCUGCGGGGACAGACCGCUUGUCUGCCUGGGUGGAGCAGUUCCCCGUGGCCUGGGUCAGGGAUCACAAGUGUGAAAAGGGUUGCUGAACCUUGGGCCUCCUAGGAACAGACACACGUGACUUUUGGUCUGAAUCCUGUUCUCAAGCCUGCAGAAGAUUCCUGCCUGAGCCCUCCAAAGCCCUCCCUCAAAGCUUGCUGUCCAGUCCAGCCUCCACUUCCCCGCAUGGAUCGGAUGUGUAGCCAGGCUUUGGGAGUGGGCCUACGUCUGCCGUUCCCAUCUAUUUCAGAACUCUUAAAGUUACCUUCAUGAGAGGGUGAGCUAUAAACUUUGUACCAAAUGACUUGGCCGUGAGUGUUGAUUUUAAGGUCUCUUGGUGAGAUGGCCCUGCUACACCUUCCUUCUUGCCCAGUGCACUGUGUUGGACCUGCCCAGUCUCAGCAUUGACUUAGGGGACAGAGACCUGGCCUGGUUGUUCUGUAUAUAGCCCAAGAUGGACUUCCUUGGUGUGUGGUGGACGCUUAUGCUAGGUCCACUUUAGAACACAGAGACCCUUCGUGGACCAUGUUACUAGAUGCCCAAGGAUGCUCCCAGGGUGCAUUGCCGGUCAUCCAGGGGCGGCAGGAGUGGUGACAGGUCUUGCCGUAUCCCAGGACAAGGUGUGUGUCUGUCUGGGAAUGGGCAGACUCCUUGUAUACUCCUCAGGCCCUUGGAGUUAGGAACACCCUCAUCUCGCUCCUCUCCUUACAGACUGGGUCAGGAUUGAGUCUAAGUCCUGUACACCAGGUUCCUAUAGGGAUCAGCUGGUCCAUUACAGUCAGAAGACCCCAGGGAGAAGGUGGGUUGGUGUUGCCUGAGCUCAGCAGGGCUCUGCUUAUACAGAUCCUUUGCUUGGCCAGCCAGAAGCUGAGCUGGGCCUCUUCCAGGCACCAAUGCCUGCCUGUCAGACUGGCAAAGAACUCAGUUUAGUAAGCACAGCGGGAGUGGGGCACACACCUGUGACACUAGCACUGGGGAGGCUGAGGUGGCCUGGUGAGUGUGAGAUCAGCCUGGGCUAGGCUGACUCUUCUGUGUAUGCCCAUGGGUGUUCACGUGUGUGCCUAUAUGUGGAGGUCAGAGGAUGACUGUAAGUGUCAAUCCUUAGAUGCUUUCCACUCUUUGAGACAAGGUCUCUCAUUGGCCCGGAACUUUCAAGUAGACCAGUGUGUAUGGCUGUAGCUUACAGGCAUGCUCUUGUCUCUGCCUCCCACUGCUGGCGUUACAUCAUGCCUGCCUUACUGCAUUGCUCCUGGGGAUCCAAACUUAGGUUCUCACGUUUUGGAGAAGUGUGCUGCUGACACCCUUCUCUCACGACCCUAGAGAGGGAUUCUUUAAACAACAAGCAGGGGCUGGAGACAUGGCACAGUGGGUAAAGUGCCUGUAACUCCAUCUUCUGGGGGUACCUGAUGCCCCCUGCUGGCCUCUAUAGGCACUGCAUUUAUGUGCACAAACCACCCCACUGAACCCCACACACUAAAAAAACAGGAUAAAUCCUUUCUUUAUUCCUUUUAUCAAAAACAGAUCUUUACUCACAAUAUAUUGUGAUUAUGGUUCCCGCUCCCUUCUACUAGUUCCUCCCCACAACCCCUCCUGUCUGGAUCCACCCAUUUUCUUUUCUCUUCACUAGAAAAGCACAUGUUUCUAAGGGAUAGCAACAAAACAAAAUGUGAUACAACAAAAGCUGACAUGUCAGAACUGGACAAGACAAACAGAAGGAAAAGAGCCCAAGAGACAGUGCAGUAAGCAGAGACCACUCGUCCGCACUCAGGAAGCACAUGAAAACACUAGCCUGGAACCUACAAUACACAUGCAGAGGAUCUGGUGCAGACUGCGCAGGCCCUGUGCAUGCUGAGAAGCUUUUCGGUUCCAU